CGCCACCCCAUCGAUUCUGGACGAAGCGUUGGUUGGCUCGCCGCCUGCAUCGGCAGCACUCGAAACCGAGUGACGUGCUCGGACGCAGAGCGCGCGGCACAGACACCCCGGAACGGCUUCCACGAGAGCAGCUUCGGCGACGUUUCGGUCGUGGUGUCCGGUAUCGCGACUCCAACGCACAUUGAAGGGGUUUCUAAGCCCGGCUCGCUCGCAGCGAGCUUGUCACGGAGACUCGGUGUUCCUUGCGCGAUCUCCAAGCAGCGCAUCAAGAGGGGCGAUUCACGUCGUCCAUCCAGGAUCAUCGAAGGCUGCAGGCAGUACUUUCUCACCGAGGACGAUCCUCUAGACACAGUAUUCGAGACGCCGCAGAAGGACAUUCACUACGUCGUGUACACCAAAGGCGACCCUGAUACUACGAUCCGGGCUGCCAAGACGCGCGUGGGGCACUGGGAUCCUCAGAACGAUAUAUGGGAGCAUGUUGUUGGUGAUAUCGAGUGGGGAGGGCUCGCGCGUGGAGACUACGUGAAGUCCGCGAUGUUUGAGCGAGGGAAUGGAUACAAGAUCAAGGCGGAGGACCUGCUCUUCGAGCACCCGGAGCUUAGCGAACGCGUGGCCACGUAUACUCCCGGGACACGCUUCUUCACCGUCGGUGGCGAGGACUUCAUGUGGAGAGUGGAGGGAAAGGGUCUGAAGGGGACGACCAGAAGUACAACGAUCACGCGCCGCGUUGGAACAGAAGAAGAGCGCGUGCUGCGCGUCUCUGUGCCACGCCCGGCAACAACCGAACUUAGGAUCACGCGUCGCGUUGGAGCAAAAGAACGCGCGUCUUGA